UUUAUUUUUUAAGAAGCGUGAUAAACAGUUACUCAAACGGCGUUACAUAAAAAAUCUGUCAAAUCAGCCAGUGUCAAAAUUGUUUUCCUUUGAUUCGAUUUCUAUUCCGAAUUUAAAUAUUUAAAGGAGCAAAAUGUCUCUUUCUCCAUUCCUCCGUACUCCAAUGACGGACUUGACUGGUGGCAUGAUUUCCCACCAGUUGCAAGGCCGCUGCCAGAAGGAGGAGAUGAGGUACAUGGACUGUUUGGAGGCCUAUGGCCUGGAUCGCGGGGAGACCAAGUGCAAAGCUCUUUUCGAGGACUAUCAUGAAUGCCACACUCUGACCAAACAGUUCAAAAGGUUCUUUGUAAUGAGAACAGAGAGAGAAAAGCAGAUCUCAGAAGGAAAACUCACUGGUGACAAACAGUAUGUCACCCCCAAAGUAGACAGCUACUAAACACCCUGUAGUAAAUUUGUAAAAUAAAAAUAAUCAAAGAUCAUUGUAAUGGUUAUGUAAGUGUAAUAAAGUGCAAACAAA